AUGCCAGACUUCAAAUACCCCAUGUCCAAAAUCCUUUCUCAGGGCCCGCUGAACGCUGAAGAGGCCAAAUGGAAACGCCUAGUCAAAACAACAUAUCUAGAUCCCAACGGCGUCCAACGCUCUUGGGAAUCUGGAGAGUAUCAAAAACGACCUGCAGGUAUUAAUUCAAUCAUCGGGGCUAGCGUGGUGACCAUCUUUCCCAAGAGUACGGUCAUUGGGCUUCCCGGAGGUAUGAUUGAUGCUGGGGAAAGUCCGGAGCAAGCUGCCAUGCGAGAGUUGAAGGAGGAAACAGGGUAUGUGGGUGUAGUUGCAGAGAGUAAAGGGAAUAUUCUGUUCAAUUCACCCUCAUUCUGUAACAAUAAAUUCAAGUACAUCUACGUAGACGUGGAUUUGUCACUUCCAGAGAACCAGGAGCCUCAACCGGAGUUGGAAGAAGAUGAGUUUAUUGAGACUUUUACUACUCCCGUGGCGUCUCUCUUUUCGGACUUGAAAAGACUUGAGAGUGAAGGAUAUACAGUAGAGACACGGGUAGUUGCUAUUGCAGAGGGUCUUGAGAUAGCUAGGAGAUGGAGCUUGUGA